UGGAAGACAGGAAUCUUGCUUGCGAAAAAAGUUUUCACUUGAUAUUUCUGAGGAAUUGGGGAGCUUAAGUUUUCAGUUUUCACCGCAUAGUUGUAGCACUUGCUGCGCUCACAAGUCUGUGACGAUGUCGUCAGAUCCGAAGGGUUCUGGAGCCAGCGCCGGCGAUAAGCAAGAUAAAGAUAGAGAGGUGGCUUCUACCAAAGUUCCGGCCAAGGAUCUUAAGAAGAAGGAUGCCAAGAAAGACGAGGAUCUCUCGGAGGAGGAUAUAGCGUUGAAGCAACAACUAGAAUUGUAUGUGGAGCGUGCACAGGACCCUGACACAUCAUUGCAGACCGUUGCUCUUGAGAGCAUGAGGCAGGAAAUUCGAACAGCAACAAGCUCUAUGACAUCCGUUCCCAAGCCACUGAAGUUCUUGCGACCACAUUAUGGUACAUUGAAGUCUCACUAUGAAAACAUGCCAGAUUCUGAUGCAAAGAAACUUAUGGCUGACAUACUUUCUGUUCUGGCGUUGACAAUGUCUGCUGAAGGAGAAAGGGAGAGCUUGAAGUAUAGGCUACUGGGAUCUGAAGGUGAUAUUGGAUCAUGGGGCCAUGAGUAUGUAAGGAAUUUGGCUGGGGAGAUUGGACAAGAAUACGCAAAGCGGCAGAGUGAAGAGGCCCAUGUUGAUGAUCUCAUGGAGCUUGUGCAGCAAAUUGUUGCUUUUCAUAUGAAGCAUAAUGCAGAACCAGAAGCAGUCGAUCUUCUAAUGGAGGUCGAAGAUCUUGAUCUCCUAGUGGAACAUGUGGACAGUACAAUUUUCAAGAGGACAUGUUUAUACCUUCAAAGUGCGGCAAACUACCUUCUUGAACCGGAUGACAUAUUGGUUCUUGAUAUUGCACAUUCUAUUUACACGAAUUUUGAGCAACAUGAAAGUGCACUUUUAAUUUCAUUACGUCUUGACAAUAUGCAGUACGUGAAACAAAUUUUCAUGUCAUGUGAUGACCUUUUACGGAAGAAGCAAUUAUGCUUUAUCCUUGCUGAUCAUCAUGCAACAUUUGAGCUUGAUGAAGAUAUGUGUGGAGAAGAAGAGUUAGAAGGACUGCAGGAAAUUAUCAACAAUUCUAAAUUAAGCGAAGGCUAUCUUGCUCUUGCUCGUGAUAUCGAAGUGAUGGAGCCUAAAUCCCCUGAGGACAUUUACAAGGCUCAUUUGCUUGAUGGUCGUGGUGCUGGGGCGAAUGUUGACUCUGCAAGACAAAACUUGGCCGCAACAUUUGUCAAUGCAUUUGUGAAUGCCGGAUUUGGACAGGAUAAGUUGAUGACAGUCCCAUCAGAGGCCUCAGGAGGAGGUUCCUCUACAAGUUGGCUUUUUAAAAACAAAGAUCAUGGAAAGACCAGUGCUGCAGCAAGCCUGGGUAUGAUCUUGCUUUGGGAUGUUGACACUGGGCUUUCACAAAUUGACAAGUACUUUCAUAGUACUGAUACUCAUGUAAUAGCGGGUGCUCUAUUGGCUGUUGGAAUAGUCAAUUGUACUGUCAAGAACGAGUGUGAUCCUGCAUUAGCCCUUCUUGCUGACUAUGUAGACCGAGAUGACCCUUCUAUUAGGAUUGGUGCUAUAAUUGGCCUUGGACUGGCUUAUGCGGGAUCUCAACAUGAACAGAUCCGUUCGAAGCUUAUUCCAAUACUCGGAGAUACAAACGCACCACUAGAUGUGAUUGCAUUUACAGCAAUCUCAUUGGGGUUGAUAUAUGUGGGUUCAUGCCAUGAAGAUAUUGCACAGGCUAUUAUAUUUUGCAUGAUGGAUCGGAGUGAGUCUGAACUAGGAGACCCCCUUGCGCGUCUACUGCCACUUGGUCUCGGCCUUCUUUACCUAGGGAAACAAGAUAGAGUAGAGGCCACAGCUGAGGUUUCAAGGACUUUCAGUGAGAAGAUCAGAGAACACUCUGAUAUGACCUUACUUUCUUGUGCUUAUGCUGGAACCGGGAAUGUACUCAAGGUCCAAUACUUCUUAGGUCAAUGUGCUCAACAUCUUGAUAAGGGUGAAACUUACCAGGGACCUGCUGUGCUUGGUAUUGCUAUGGUGGCAAUGGCUGAAGAGCUAGGGGUUGAAAUGGCUAUACGGUCUUUAGAACAUCUUCUGCAGUAUGGUGAACAGAACAUUAGAAGAGCAGUUCCUUUGGCUCUCGGCCUCCUUUGCAUAUCAAAUCCAAAGGUCAAUGUUAUGGAUACGUUAAGCAGACUGAGUCAUGAUUCCGACAGUGAAGUGGCUAUGGCUGCCAUAAUUUCAUUGGGGUUGAUAGGGGCAGGAACUAACAAUGCUAGAAUAGCUGGGAUGCUACGCAAUUUAUCAAGUUACUAUUACAAGGAAGCUAACGUUCUUUUCUGUGUUCGGAUUGCCCAAGGCCUUGUCCAUUUAGGAAAAGGGCUAUUAACGCUCUCACCUUACCACUCUGAGAGGUUUUUAUCAUCUCCGACUUCAUUGGCUGGACUUUUAGUUGUGCUGCAUGCUUGCCUUGAUAUGAAAGCUCUCAUAUUGGGGAAGUACCAUUAUGUGUUGUACUUCCUUACAUUGGCAAUGCAGCCGAGGAUGCUAAUGACAGUAGAUGAGAAUUUGAAACCAUUGUCGGUACCGGUGCGUGUGGGCCAAGCAGUUGAUGUGGUUGGUCAAGCAGGGCGGCCCAAGACAAUCACUGGGUUCCAGACCCACUCCACACCUGUUCUCCUUUCUGCCGGUGACAGAGCUGAACUAGCCACUGACAAAUACAUUUCGCUAUCUCCCAUUCUUGAAGGAUUUGUCAUACUGAAGGAAAACCCAGAUUACAGAGAGGACCAUUAGUCAUAUUCUCCAGGGUCUGGCUACCUUGAAGGGCUCCAUAAAUUGUCAUUUUAAUUUGCAAGAGGUGUAUUUUGAUUCCGCUGUCUUUACUCCCCCACUCCCACCUUGCGACAUUCUCUCCUAUAAAAUUUUACUUUAGUUGAGAGAUAAUUUUAUGAGAGGGAUUCGUCUUUCUCACAUCCACUUUUGUUUAGUGUAAAUUAGAAUUCAGUGGCAAUUGUUUAUUUUGCGACAUUCUUUUUUUGGAAAGAUUUUGCUUGAAAUCUUGAAAAAAAGAGACGUUUCUCCUCUGGUACUACUGUAUCCUUUGAGGGAGCAUGAUGUAUGAUAAUUCGACUUUGGUUCA